AUGUCUUUGCGCGAAACCAAUUUGGACGGCAUCCUACCACUGGUAGCCAGAGGUAAGGUCAGAGACAUUUACGAAGUUGACUCCAAAACUCUGCUUUUUGUCGCAACAGAUCGUAUUUCCGCAUACGAUGUCAUCAUGGAAAACACCGUGCCCGAAAAAGGUAUCCUUCUCACCAAGUUGUCGGAAUUCUGGUUCUCGUACUUGAAAACCGACAUCCGCAACCAUUUAGUCGAAAUCCCCCAGGGAAAAACCGUUUUUGAUCUUCUUCCUUCGGAGCUUUCGCAACCCAAGUACAAGGCUCAACUCGAGGACAGAUCCAUGCUCAUCCAGAAAUUCAAAUUGAUCCCAUUGGAAGUGAUCGUACGUGGAUUCAUCACUGGUUCCGCUUGGAAAGAGUACAAGCAAUUCGGGACCGUGCAUGGACAACCAGCUCCAGAGGGCCUUCAGGAGUGUCAAGAGUUUCCUACCCCUAUUUUCACACCCUCGACCAAGGCUGAACAAGGAGAGCAUGACGAGAAUAUUUCCGAAGCACAAGCAGCUGCUUUGGUUGGGCCAAAAUUGUGCGACCGGGUCGCCAAGAUUGCCAUCCACCUUUACGCUAAGUGCAAGGAUUACGCGAAAACUAAAGGUAUCAUAAUAGCAGACACCAAGUUCGAGUUUGGUAUUGACGAGUCAACUGAUGAGAUCAUCUUGGUAGAUGAAGUUCUUACCCCAGAUUCCUCCCGUUUCUGGAGCGGCAGAGACUUCCAAGUAGGCAAGCAGCAAGACUCUUACGACAAGCAAUUUUUGAGAAACUGGUUGACCAGUAACAGUCUGAAUGGCGUGGAAGGCGUUAAAAUGCCGGAAGAGAUUGUUGUAAGCUCUAGGGCCAAGUAUGUGGAGGCUUACGAAACUCUAACAGGGAACAAAUUCGAGUGA